AUGGGCUCAACCUACAGCACAACUGUGCCUAUGAGUGAGAUUGAUUUUGAGUCGUACACGGGGCUUCGUUAUACGAUUGAUGUACCGAAUACAGGUGAUGCAAUGCAUGGUCCGACGUAUCAAGUGCCGAAUACAGUGGUCGUAGAUGAGGCCCAGCAGACAAUGUAUCAUAAUUUCUUACGUGGUUGGGAUCGUCAAGAUGGUGCCCGACCUUGCUACGGUCGUCGUGUGGUCGACCGAAAUACGGGAAAAGCUGGUUCUUUUCAAUGGCUAAGCUAUAGUCAAGUUAAAACACGUAUGGAAGACUUAGCAUCGGGUUUAACACGCAUUUGUGGGUUAAAACGCCAAGAAAACGUUGGUAUUUUUGCAAAAAACCAGAUUGAAUGGUGUCUAGUAGCCCAUGCCUGUGAUCGCAUGGCUUAUGUCUUAGUGCCACUUUACGAUACACUUGGACCCGAUGCUGUCCCGUUCAUUGUGAAUCAAACAGAGCUACAAGUGUUGUUUUGUGGAAUGGAUCAGUUUCACGUUGUAAUGGACUGUAGAGACGUCUGUCCUAAGCUCAAGACAGUAGUGCAGUUUGAACCCGUGACAGAGGAGCAACGACGUGUCGCUGCGGCCAAGAACAUUGAGCUGAAAAGCAUGAACGACUUGGAGCUUAUGGGACGAGCAGAGCCACUACCGGCAGAUCCUCCACUUCCGACAGACAUUUCCACGUUGUGCUACACAUCAGGAACGACUGGAGACCCCAAGGGUGUCAUUCUAUUGCACCGAAAUUUUGCGAUUAUCAGUACGUUGGCAGGAGAGAGGCUGAGAGUUGACUCAACGGACGUACACUUGUCGUACUUGCCCUUGCCACAUGUUUUUGAACGGGCAGUGAUUGGAUCGAUUCUUCAAAACAGUGCGGCUGCUGGAUUUUAUCAGGGAGACGUGUUGUUCUUGAUGGACGAUUUGGCGGAAUUGGCUCCGACAUUGUUUGUUUCAGUGCCAAGGCUUUUCAAUCGCGUGUAUGACAAGAUCAGACAGGGCGUUGAAGCUGCGGGAGGAUUGAAAAAACUCAUGUUUGACCAGGCGUACGCAAGUAAACGCGCGGGUUUGAGUGCAGGGUACAAGACCCACGCGCUGUGGGACGCACUGAUAUUUGCCAAGAUUCGUCAGGUGCUAGGAGGACGAGUUCGAGUUAUUCUGUCUGGGUCUGCUCCACUAAGCGCUGAUGUGAAGGAAUUCAUGAAGAUUGUCUUCUGUUGCGAUGUAGUAGAGGGAUAUGGAUUGAGUGAAACAGCAGCUGGUCUGACACUUGCUUCAGGUGAUAUGCCAUUGGGGCCCCACGUUGGUCCGCCACUCAUUCGUGUGCAACUAUGCCUUGAAGACGUACCUGAGAUGGGCUACAGCAGCAAGGAUAAGCCUCGCCCGCGCGGAGAAAUUCUUGCGAAGGGUCCUGUGAUAUUUGCUGGAUACUACAAGCAGCCGGAGAAAACGGCUGAAGUAAUUGACGAGAAUGGGUGGUUUCACACGGGUGACAUUGGUUGCUGGAAUGCUGACGGUACGCUCAGUAUUAUUGACCGCAAAAAGAACAUUUUCAAGCUGUCACAGGGCGAGUACGUUGCGGCCGAGAAAAUUGAGGGAGUGUACCUCAAGAGCAAGUACGUUGCCCAGAUCUUCGUUUAUGGCGACUCACUUCAGAGCUGCCUCGUGGCAGUUGUGUUAGUUCAUAACCCGGUUUUUCAAAAGGAGGUUCGGAAAGACAUGGAUGCGAUUGGAAAAGAAGUAAAACUUCGCGGGUUUGAGUUUGUCAAGGGGGUGCACUUGCACCCGAAUCCAUUUUCCGUCGAUGAGAAUUUAAUUACACCUACGUUUAAGCUGAAACGCCCGCAACUGAAGAUGCGCUUCCAAGCAGAGAUCAAGCACAUGUACGAGGAGCUCCAAUGA